AUGGAGGAGCCCCGGUGCUGCUGCCGGUGCUGCUGCCGCGGCGGGUCCGGGGGCGGGAGGGCGCCCCGGGCGCCGUGCGGCUGCGGGGAGCCGGGCCAGAGCUGCCGGAGGCGGGGCAGGGCCGCGGGGGGCGCGGCUGCAGGGCGGGGGGUGUGCUCGUCGCCCCCCCGGUGGCUGUCCCGCCGCCCCCUGCCCCCCGGCGCGCUGGGGAGGAUGGCCGGCGCCGUGGCCGAGCGGCUGCGGGCGCCGUGGCUCGCCGGGGCCGCCAGGGUCCAUGCCAGCCUGGUGCCGCCGCUGGCCCUGCUGCCCGCCCUGCUCCGCGUCGCCGCGCUGCACGUCCUGCUGGGGCUGGCGGUCCUGGCGUCCCUGCCCGCCGUGGUGCUGUGGUACUACUACCUGACGCACAGGAGGAAGGAGCGGACUCUCUUCUUCCUGAGCCUGGGGCUCUUCUCCUUGGGCUACAUGUACUCUGUUUUCCUCCAGGAGGUGGUUCCCCGGGGCCACGUGGGGUCUGCCCAGGUGGUUGCUCUCACCUGCGGGUUAGUGGUCAUGCUUGUCGCUCUGUCUCGAGCCAAGAAGGACCCUGGCUACCUUCCCGCCCCAGCAAGCGGCGAGAAGUCACCGCACCAGGGUUUGCCCAAGGAGGGUGUCCGGGGGAGCGCCGAGGGGCUCCACGGUGCUGCCACGUCGGGAGCUGCCGGUGGCCGCGCCGGGAAUGGGGAAGCCAGAGGCUAUUCCAGGAUGGCGGCUGAGGAGCCAGGAGGUGUGAAAAAGGACUGGUGUGCUCAAUGCCAGCUGGUCAGACCAGCCCGAGCCGGGCACUGCCGGCUUUGUGGCAGGUGUGUGAGGAGACUGGACCAUCACUGUGUCUGGAUUAACAGCUGUGUAGGGGAGCAGAACCACCAAGCAUUCAUCCUGGCACUCUCCUUCUUCAUGCUCACCUCUGUGUAUGGGAUUACCUUGACCCUGCACACCAUCUGUAGGGGCCAGACACCGUUUGUGGCAUUGUUCUACUGCCCUGGGGCCUAUUCUGAGUACAGCUCUGCUCUGUUGUUCACCUGUGUGUGGUACUGUGCCAUUGUAACAGCUGGCAUGGGAUACAUCCUCCUUAUCCAGCUGUUGAACAUCAGCUACAACGUGACAGAGAGGGAAGCUCGGCUGGCUCUGCGGGACAACACUGGGCGCAGGCUCUUGGGUGGGUUAGUGAUAGACACUGGUCAGUAUAACAGGGGCUUCCUAUGCAACUGGGGCCACUUCUUGAGCCUGGGAUCUUCUCCUCCACAGCGCUCUGCUGAAGACAUCGUGUGACACCCCUCUUUCUGCAGAUGAUGUUGACUGACUUUCUUUAGCAGGGAACAGCCCCUUGCACUCGGACUCCCUCCUCCCACACCCUUCCUUCACGGUUGGUGUAUGGGCUGCCUGUCCUGUCACUGACAUCAGAGGCUUUCCCAGGCAGAAUGGUUCUUUGCGUGCUGUCAGCCAGCAAUAUGAUGCAGAAAGCAGUAAGCCAUAUGCACAGACCUGGAGAGAAGGAGCCUGCUGCCUUUUUCCACUGUGGCAAACUUCGUGCAGCUCAGCUCAACAGGAGGAAGAGCACAAGGUUUUGAGAACCUUGAGUUUUCUUUAGGCGUGAACCCUGGCAUUAAGAGAAACCUGCUGCUGGACUUCAGAGUGUGCCCUGGUUCCUGCAAAGGUUGAGGAAUCCCUGGGGUGUACCUACAUGCAACACUUCAGAGAUGUCAGGAGGCUGAACUUCUGAUAGAGGUAAAAGGUGGACUGCUGCAGAAGCCAGGUGCAUUGGCUAAAAGAGACUGUUGAGGUAGUCGCUGAGCAGCUCCCUCCUCUCUGCUGUAUUUUUUGUUUCUCUAUCUUCUAUUUCAUUCAGCUGUAUACGUGCUUGUAUUAAGUGCCUUUGUGAGCAACGUUCCUGUAGGGCUUUGUAAGAUCCCUUCACUUCUUAACCAUUAUAGUUGUUAUUCCAUCCCCAUCUGUCUCACUGGGUGGGGAAGACACUGUCUUCAAUCUCAUCUGGGUCUGUGUUGGUUUGAAGGUUUGGCUCAUGUCCCACAAAGUGUUUCUGCUGUGCUUGUGGACUGUGAUGUGAGACAAGAUGUAAACAUACCAAGAAAGGUUGUGUUUUGAAGCAACACGUAACAGUGGUCUCUGAGGGACAAAGAAGAGUGCUGCCCAAUGCUACUGUUGCUUUAUGGAAGCUACCUUUCUCUCUUCCUCUGUGGGAGAGUAGGCAAUUCUGCUAACAGUGUUUUUGGUAGGUAGCUUCUUGAUUGGUUGUAUUGCUAAUAACAUAGCAAUCCUGUCUCCUCUCAACCCAGUUGCUGUGGAGCUGCCUGAUUGUAGAUCUGUUUUCUCAAGCCAGGAAGCCAAGGAACAGUUCACCCUCUGUGUAUGUAGGGAGAUGUAGAGGCUGUGUUGGAGCUUGCUGCUUUUGGGGUAAAUGACCUGCACUGGCAGGUGAAUGAAAUGUGUUCUGGAAGAAUGCCAUGUGUUCCUUGACAGCCUGCAGCUAUACUAUUGCUCAGACUUGAGCUUCAGCUGAAUUCACAAGGUUUUGGUGGCGAUGGUUUCUGGUUUUUGUUUUAAACCCUUUGUGUAUGUUGUUGGCCCUGCAGUAGUGAUGUGAAAAGAUCUUGCUGGAAAAUCCUGGGACCAUGACACAAGAAUUAUGGCUUGGGCCUAAGAUGCAGAAGGAAGAGCCUUGUCCUAGCUGCUGAUGUUUUAAGACGUGUGUGCAGCGUGCUUGGAUCAUACCUACCCCUGUCUCCAGCUACGUGGCAGGCAGCUGGGGGAUGUUGGCUGGAUUAUGCAAAUUUACUGUGUGUCAUCUCUGAAGAAUAGAUGAAUGGUAUCAGGACUGGGGGUGUCCCUUGAGAUCCCUGACAUAUUUGGUGUGUGCACUCCUGAUUACAUGUCCCAGUUUAAGGUGAAGACCACGUCCCUUUUUGCACUGUUUGGUUUCCUCAAGUGGCACUUUCUAUAAUGAGCAGAUAAUUGAGAAGCAGCUGCACUUAGAAUGUGGCUGUGCAGAAAGAAGUACUGAGUGUCUCUUAUUUCCUCUUGCCCCUUUUCAUCCAAUGAGCAAUCCUUUAUCAGGAGGUGAAGGGGACACCUCUCUUGCUUCCUGCCUCCAACUAAACACACCAAGAGGCUUCUGUGGCCCUACUGUGACUAAAAGGCGCUCAGCUGGACUGUGCUGUUUCUCUGGCUUGCACUUGUGACCUUCUGACUAUUUGGAGCUGUAACCUGACCCUAGGAGUUUAACUUGCACAAAGACUUCACCUCCACAUGAAGUGUCUCUAAAUGUUUCUGUGGCACACAGGCUUUUUGUGGUGCCUGCUGAGAUGGAGUUUGGUAACCUUGUAGACAGGGAUGCUGUGGGUUAGUGGGUUUGUGAUCUCGGACCUCAUCCUGCUGGCAAUUGGGAAGAUUAGGGUAAGAAUGACCUCCUGGGCUAAAGAAAGCCCUGCAGCAGAGGCAGCCAACCUCUCCAUCCCUGUGAGUUAGUUACAAGUCCAGAAAUGAGUUCUGCACCCAUGAGCUGAAUGAGCUCUGGGAGUAUUGACAGGUUUGAAAUAAAUGGUUUCUCAGAGUCUUGCUGCUUGUGGCUGGGAGAAAGAGCAGAUCACAGACCAUUUCCCUGGCAGUGCCUGACCCUGUUGCACUCACUUUCUCCCCCAGACAGAGACUGGUUGCUUCUUUUUAGCCUGUGUGUCAGUGUAGCCUUGUCCUUUGUCUCCUAGUGAGCUCUGGCAUGGGAGAUUUCAUUUGAACUCUUUAUACCAAGACUGUGGUGUUCUCCCAGACAUCAUGGACUUUAGAGUGUGGAUUAGGACCUUGGACUAAUGUAACCAUUCCAUACCUUGGUCAAGCCCAUCCCAAUAUAGUGGGGGUAAAGCAAUAAAGUAAAUUGUAUUUUUGCACUUGCUCCAGAGGGAACUGGAACCAUUCAGGACACUAAAAUUGUUGUAAGGCUGGGGUUUUGUAGGAGGAGAGUGCAGUCCUGAUUCCCCAGUGAAUAGGAAGUUCAUGUGGUUGUAACCUGCACAGCAAUAAUGACUUUUUCUUUAAAGAUGUGGCUCAUUUUUAUUUUUUUUUUCCCAUUCUGGCUUCUUCCUGAGAGGAUUUACCUUGUGAAUGCCUUGGGAGAUGGAAAGCAUGAAGUAACAGGAUAUAUUGAUAUCUGAAAGGGCGGAAAUGUUUUGAGCUUUAGAUGCGUGCUUUGGAGCUCUCCUUCUAGUACCCCUGAGAACUGGCAAGAAGCCCUUCAAGGGAAACGCUGCCUUUUGCACUUUCAGUGAGGGUAGACUGUUGUGGUCUCUUGUUUCUUUUUUGAGAAUUUUCUUGCUGAGCUUGUUAUUUGCCACACUGAUAGAAAUAUGUUUAAACCUCAGCACGAAGGGUCAGUCCUCAGGUUCACUGUGUUAGUAGUAUAAGCUACCUAGAUCCAUGCUACCUGGGUGUUGGAACAGUAGGAGCAGGCUGCAUUUGACAGGUGACUUGUGGGUCUUGUGUGUGGCAUUGAGGCAAGGACAAGUGUCUCACCUGUAAAACUGCAUGUACCUGGCUGUGCACAAAAGAGUACUCUGCUGGCCCCUGAGAAGGUUUUCUGGUGUAAGAGAGGACCCAGAGCUGGUCAGCAGCAGGGAAGGAUUUUGGCAAUGCCUAACCUUGAUGUUUCUCCACCUAGACUUGGAAAUGAGUUUAUCCUGCUUUAACUGUGAUCUUUUAAGAGUCAUUUGUCGUUUCACAAAUAGCGUGCACUUCUGCAGACCAGGACAGUUCUUAAGGAGCCAGGGUUCUGAUGUUGUGGCUGUUGUAGUGUUAACCCUCUGUGUCCAAAUACCAGCACCCUACUGUUUGGUGACUAUACUCAAAACUGUGCACCAUUAGAUACACUCUGUAAAUGGUGGCUUGGCACUCUUUAACUGUGUCUUCUUUAAUCGUGCUUUUUUGUAGGCAGGUCACAGGGUCCCCACAUUGACUGUUUCUCCAUUUAACUUGUCCUCAAAUGACAGAAGUCACUGGUGAGCCUGACUUGGUGCUGCUUGUGACUCCUAAUCACAUUUCAGCCUUCAUGCUAUGAUGGUGCUUUUUUUGUUUCCCUUCAAAGUAGGUUGCUUUCCAGUGUCUUAAUGAAACCAUUUGCUGUAAAAUUUCUUCUGAAGAUAAAAUGGAUACUGCCUCACUGCCUAAUGUCUUAAUAAUGUGCUUGUUUUUUUCCUUCUAUAUGAAUGUAUAUUGCCUCAUUAGGGCAGGAAGCGUGUGUGAUUAUGGAUGUGUUUUCCUGUAUUGCUUUCAGUGAAGAACUCUAUGGUUUCCUAGGAUUUUCUUCCACUGUCAGGAUGUUUGUACAGUGAAAAUAUCUCUGUGGACAGGUUAGCCACCUUCUGAAAUGUGGGAAUUCAGCUCUCAAGAUCUUGUCUUUAUGGAACUCCUCUGAUUAUAGUGUGAAGAAUGAGGGGCUCUGGAAGAACUGGCUACCUUGGAGAAUGGGGUGUUUGGGCUUGUUUGUUUGUUUGUUUGUUUUUUCCACCCUUAGCUUUAGGAAGAAACAUUGUGAAAGAUGUUUGUGAGCUUUGUUGAAAGGACGUGUGUGUGUCCAUUUUGCAUUGUAUUCAAUGUUUCCAAGUGGAUGCAAUUAUGAAUAAAAAUAAAUUAUUAGAAAUUA